AGUCAAAACAACAUUGCGCAGUUUGUAAUACAGACCUCUACCUGAACAUAGCAAGCAAGGUCUCCCUACACAUAUACUCAGGUUAGUAUAUAUCGAGUGAACGUAAUUAUAUCAUAUAUAUGGUGACAGAAGUCUAAAUCCCUCCUGCUAUAAAAUGGCAACGUGAUGUAACCCAACACCAGUCACUAUGGUGACAGACGUCUGGUUUAGGUCAUUCAGAGUCAAAACAACAUUGCGCAGUUGGUAAUACCGGCUUGUAUUUGGAUCAGAAACAAGCAACGUGGUCCCAACACAUUCCGUGUCGCAUACUCAGACAAGUCAGAGCGAAACAUGGCAGAGAAAAGCGACGAAAAAAGGGUUCCGAGAUCCAAGAAGCCGUUCAAGAGACCGUACAUCAAGCCUUGGAAGGUAAAAGACGAGUCGGCUUUCCAGGUGAAGAUCCCGGUAUGUCACGGGGAGUCUCUCUUACUGGACCGGACAGACAGACUGGCGAUUGCCGUGCCACGGAGCACCAUCACUGAAGACAUGAGCGCAGAGGCUUGGGUUCGAGCCUACAUGCGCAUGCGCAACGCUACUGUGAACUACGACAGAAUUUUCCUGGAGAUCGUCAACUAUUUGGAGAAAGGACCGGAGGACUUCGACAAAAUGGACGUGGUAGCGCUGGUUGAAGCCCUGGUGGAACACGCGGAGUCGGCAGAGAUUUACGACAUGGAGAUGUGGAGACGGAAGCUGUGGCAGAUCAAAGUGUGUGCCGGCUGGGAGGAGUGCUACCAGAUAUGGUACGACUACAGCGACUAGGGAGCAGGCCCCGGACGCACAGUGGUUCUUCACUGCAAGAAACUUUUGACUGAAAAAGUUGUUAUUAUAUUUUUCCUUAGGGACUGGAUAUGGGUGUUAGAUUUAUGCCAUCACUAAGUAACCUGAAGAAUUGUUACCGGAGAGACUGAGCCUGCGUGUAAACUGUCUUUGCUUUUAAGUUUGAAAGUUGUAAAACACACACAAAAAAAAAAACAGCCGUCCGUCACUCUCCAUGAUCCCAUGAAAGUUGUC